GCUCGUUCACUGGCGCACCGAGCUGACGUUACCUCACAUCGUACGCCACUGGAAGACAUGGAGGCUGUGUCUCUCAGCCAUUACUGACAGCGGCACAGCUGAGAGUCUGUGAAGAAUAAGAAACAACAGGAAGAGCCCGCUUUAUAACAAGCUGACAGGUCAGGCAUGAACAUGGAGUCUAUGCUAAACAAACUAAAAAGCACCGUCACCAAGGUGACGGCGGAUGUCACCAGCGCUGUCAUGGGCAAUCCGGUUACACGGGAGUUUGAGGUUGGACGACAUAUUGCCAGCGGAGGUCCUGGUUUGUGCUGGAGGAUCUACAAUGGCACCAAGAAGUCAACUAAACAGGAAGUAGCAGUGUUUGUGUUUGAUAAGAAGAUGGUUGAUAAGUAUCAGAAAUUUGAGAAGGACCAAAUCAUUGAUUCGUUGAAAAAAGGGGUGCAACAGCUGACCAGACUGCGUCACCGUCUCCUGACGGUGCAGCAUCCUCUUGAAGAGUCACGAGACUGCUUGGCGUUCUGUACAGAGCCGGUCUUUGCCAGUCUGGCCAACGUUCUGGGCCAGUGGGAGAACCUGCCCAGCCCCAUGCCCAACGACAUCAAGGAGUACAAGCUCUAUGAUGUGGAGACCAAGUAUGGCUUACUACAGAUCUCGGAGGGUUUGUCCUUUCUCCACAGUGGGGUGAAAAUGGUCCACGGCAACUUGUGUGUAGAGAACAUCAUCCUCAACAAGAGUGGAGCCUGGAAGAUCAUGGGCUUUGACUUCAGCAUCUCCUCUACCAACCCCUCAGAUGCUGACCCUAAGUACACAUGUAAAGAGUGGGAGCCCAACCUCCCUCCACUCUGCCUCCCCAACCCCGAGUACCUGGCCCCUGAGUACAUCCUGUCCGUCAGCUGUGACUCCGCCUCCGACAUGUACUCGCUGGGCGUGAUCAUGCACGCCGUCUUCAAUGAGGGCAAGCCUGUUUUCCAAGUCAACAAGCAUGACAUAUUUAAGAGCUUCAGCAGGCAGCUGGACCAGCUGAGCAGCAUUAGUCCAGCAGUGUUGAACAAGAUCCCGGAGGAGGUUCGGGAGCAUGUCAAAAUGCUGCUCAGCGUCACACCCAACGUCCGACCGGAUGCAGACCAGAUGACCAAGAUUCCGUUCUUUGACGACGUGGGUGCUAUGACCCUGCAGUACUUUGACUCCCUCUUCCAGAGGGACAAUUUACAGAAGUCCCAGUUCUACAAAAGCCUCCCCAAAGUCCUGCCCAAACUACCCAAGAGAGUGGUGGUGUAUCGUAUCUUGCCGGCAUUGACCUCCGAGUUUGUCAACCCGGACAUGGUGCCCUUCGUGUUGCCCAACGUGCUGCUGAUCGCGGAGGAGUGCACCAAGGAGGAGUAUGUUCGUCUCAUCAUGCCUGACCUCACGCCCGUUUUCAAGCAGCAGGAGCCCAUUCAGAUCCUGCUGAUAUUCCUGCAGAAGAUGGAUCUACUGUUGACCAAGACGCCCUCGGAGGACAUUAAGAACAGCGUGCUGCCUAUGGUCUACAGGGCUCUGGAAGCUCCUUCUGUCCAGAUCCAGGAGCUGUGCCUGAACAUCAUCCCGACGUUCGCCAACCUGAUCGACUACCCGUCCAUGAAGAACUCCCUCAUCCCUAAAGUCAAAGCAGCCUGCCUUCAGACCUCUUCACUUGCUGUACGAGUGAACUCUCUGGUGUGUCUGGGGAAGAUUUUGGAAUAUCUGGACAAGUGGUUCGUCAUUGACGAGAUCCUGCCCUUCCUACAACAGAUCCCCUCCAGAGAACCAGCAGUGCUCAUGGGCAUUCUAGGAAUCUAUAAGUGCACCUUCAGCCACAAGAAGUUGGGCAUCCCCAAAGAGCACCUUGCCGCCAAGAGCCUGCCCCACCUUGUCUCUCUUAGUAUAGACAACAACCUCAACCUUAACCAGUUUAACUCGUUCAUGGUGGUGAUUCGGGACAUGCUGGGUCGCAUGGAGGCUGAACACAAGACCAAGUUGGAGCAGCUGCACUCCAUGCAGGAGCAGCAUAGGAGUUUAAACAUCUCGAACCCAGGGAGCCAAUCGGAGAAGACCACGAGCCCACCCAGCGGUGGCAACCAGAUUGACGAUAUCUUUGGCGGCACAGGGGUUAAUGGGAAGGAGAAUGGAUCUGCAGCAGUAGCAGCCCCACAGCCUAAUAGAAUGUCCCUAACUCUAGAGGAGAAGCAGCGAUUGGCUAAGGAGCAGGAGCAGGCAGCCAAACUGAGGAGCCAGCAGCCAUUAGCACCACAGAGUAUCAAACCAGCCAACACCACCAACACAAAGACUAAGGAUCUGACCAGCAGCCUGCUCAACAGCAUGACCUCUCUAAACACCAUGUCCUUGGCCAACACGGCCCGACCAGCCCCGCUGCAGGGCACCACCAUCUCCACCUUCCCCUCCUCCAGCCCCAUGAUGGGCUCAAUGGGCGCCCCAGUCUCCAACGGAUUCAACCCACCCAUGGGCUUUCAGACAGGAGGCAUGGGGAUGGGCAUGCGGCCCACGGCUCCCGGCCUCUACGGCGGGAUGGCCACAACCACCAGCACCCCAAACUUUGGUGCCCUCACGCAGAGUCAAGGACCCGUCGGGCAGACUAGUAAAGCCCCCAACCUGUCAGCUUUGGAUAGUCUUUUUACACCCAGCCAGCCCAAAGUCACCCUCAACCAAAUGGGUCCAAAGGCCUCACCUGGCAACAACGCCCCGUGGCUCAAUCAGUUCGGCUCAGCCCAGAACGCUCAGACUCAGAUGCAGGGCGCCCCGGUAGGAAUGGGAGGAGUGCCCAGCGGGUUUGGGAUGCAAGCAAACCCUUUCUUCAGCCCGCAGAACUUUUCUCAACCUGCUGCUGCCCCUAGCCUGAACCAAAGUGGAAUUAAACAUAGCGCAUCCGUCAACAACGAUCUAAAAGACUUGUUCGGCUAAAUAAAAAAAAAUUAAAAAAAAGAUGCCAGGUUAAGUAUAUUCUUUUAGUAACUUUGGACGGAAGAGCUUUGAAUUCUCACAGACCAAGACACUGAUUGAAUGUGAGGAUUUCUAAUCCUUCUGAGGGUGUUGCUGUCUGUAUUUUUAAUAUGACCUGGUAUAAAAUCUCACUCUAACUCUGGCAAAUUAACCUCCACCUGAAUUCCAUUUCUACUUGACCAGAAGGACAAAAGGUUGAGGCGGGAACUUCUUCCUCUAUGAUGUGUUCUUUAAAUGCUGAAGGUUUCCUACUAUUUUGUACUUGACGUUCUUGGGAAUGUCCAAAUGUCGUUGUGGGUUGAGAUUAAUCCCAACUCAGUUAUUCAGGAAGGUUUUGUGUUCAUAUCAUGAAUGAUUGAUUUCACUUCCUGAAUCAGUUGCAUCAGAAUCGCCCCUCAAAAAUAGGCAGAAAAAAAGAAGCAAAAGAUGGCUUCACAUCUGCUCAGUUUCAGGCUCCUGUAUCUGUAUUGCCUCUCCAGACUAUUUUAGGAUUUGCUGCAUGUCUAAAGUGAUCAGAGAGUUGGCGUAGAAACAAAAAAAAUGUCUAAGCCCAGUGGGAGGUAGCUUGAAAUGUAGCACUGAUCUGCAUCCAGGAGGCUCCUCCGUGGAGACUGAUCUGAAAGGGGGUGUAGAGAGUCGACGGUCCAAGCAGCCCCACUGCAGUACGUCUCCAUUGUUUCACUGCAGCACCAGAAAAACUCUUUCUUUUUUUUAAUCCUUUCAUUCUUUGAUCAUCAGGUUCCAAGGCUGCAAAGCUUGUUGAAAAAGGGAGGUUUAGUUUAGUCUGGUCUAAGUGUGUCGACGACCAUUUCUUCUCUUUUGGUAACAAAAAAAAAAAAAUCAUUGAAUCAAUUUCUGUAAAUGCAGUAUGAAUGAUUUAUCAGUGUCUUAUAGUGGAAUAGGAUGUGUGGAGUAGCUUAUACAUGAGUGUCCUUCUAAUAAGGCGAUGAACAAGGAGCACACACGCUGCUUAGGCUCUUGUGCCUUACAUGGGUACACGUGUAGGACUAGACAGACCGGCAUCUCAUCUGUUACUCAAAGUAUUAAUAUUUUCCCUUUCAAUCAGCUGUCCGGCAUUUGCGGCUCAUUUUUUUUUUUUUUUUUUUUUUUUUUUUUUUGCUUUGUUGCAUGUUACUGAACUUGACCACGAAAAGAUCUAAAGUUUAACUUUUAGCAUCUUUUUCCAACAAUGAUUCCAUGACGUUUUAUUUCACACAUCCAGCUCUGAUGAGUUUUUUCCCAAAAUCCUCCUGUGCACCAUUUCUGUCGACCAAUUUGUACAAUGAAGAAGAUUAUCACAAUAUAUUUUGAUUUCAGCACUUUUCAGCUGUCCGAGGACUGGUGACUUAUGAUUAUGGAGUGUAAAUAUAUAGUUAUUUAAAGAUGGAUUGCUCUGCUCCUUGGAUUUUUUUAUGUCCUCGUGAUAACGGUUAAGAGGCCUUAGAUGAGUCGUGUGCAAUAAUCCUUACUGGUUGUUAAGGGUGCACAUCGAUUGGCUCCAGCGGCCGUCGAUGUGUCCUUUUACUUCAUCUCGCACGGGUCUGUCAGAAUUUCUAAACAGCUGAACUUUAAUGUGAACUCAUUUGAAUUCUUACAUUUUUGAAAGAGAAUCGCACCAUUUUUAGGGUUGUUAGAUGCACCUUGGUCACUCUGUGUUUUCUGCUGACAAUGAUUGUUGUUAACAUGCUGAAGUGUAUCGUCUGUUAUUGGAUCAAAUCUAGUUUGUGUGUAAUAAAGCCGCCUAUACAAGGUGAGCUCAGUCCAGCCGCGUGUUACUCGUGAAUUUGACUCCAAAAAUCCUGAUUUUAAUCACACAAGACGACACAUUUCUGCAACUGGAGCUUUUUUUUUUUUUUUUUUUUUUUCUUUCAUCUGUAAAUUGCAGUUUUGACUUCAUCACAAAGUGGAUGUGAUCCGCGAAGCGUGUUUUAACAUAUCCUGGCAGAACCCCAAAAGCAGAAAACUAAAGCUUAUUC